CCAACACGAGAAACUUCAACUUUUGUGUUUCAGAAACACUCAGGCGUGUACGAACUGUCAAUCCGUCAGGGAGAAUUUGGCUUUUCUCGGUGUAGUAAGUAGAGCUUCUUGAAGCCAAGUUGGCGUUUCUGUCUUUCUCUGAGUUUUUUGUUGUUGUAACAUUCGUAAACUGUGGCCGUGUGUGACUUUCAUACAUUCAGUUCCCGUGUCACUGCCACGCUAAAUUGUGUUAGUUAAACGUGGUUUCCUGUUAACAUGAAAUGACACAUUUCCAUGUUGGGUUUUCUUGAGUCAGAAAUAAGAAAAGUGAAGCGCGACAGUGCGUUACUAUAGUCGAUUUACGCAAAUUAAGUCAACAGAUCUAUGAAAAGUUAGUCAUGUCACGCUCUGCUCUGUGACAGGAUUUGUGUGUCUUGGUAAAUGUAAAUCUGUCUGGACUCUCUGCUCGAUAGACGGCUCUGUGACUGCGUUGAUGGGGACAUGAGAGAAUCAAAUAGUAAAAUCCCACAGCGACUGGUGAUGGAGUGAUACAUUUCGGGCUUGUUUGUGCCCAACACUGAUUUAACACUUGGAAGAGUGGACUGGAAUAAGCCAUAAACCGCACAGCUCCAUACUGAAGUGUUUAAAUUAGUCUGGGAGGAAAUUUAAAAGACCUAAAAAUACAGCGUUGGUUUCUUCCCUACAAAGAAUCAUUUGAACUUCCCACCGCAGAGCGAGAGCGACAUAAAUAGUUCUGACAUGUGGAUGUAAUUUCAGAAGAGGAAAAAAAAGACAGAUGCAGAGAAAUAAAGAGAACGGGCUGAGCCUGAGCAUAUAGUAGAUUAAAGGAAAUUAAAUCGAGGGCAGAGCGAGGCGAUUACAGAGUUAUGAUUUCACAAGCCGUCCUAAGCAUCGAGAGGCCAGAUGGAGUGAAGAAAUACAACUCGCUCCACUUUGAAGAGAGUUAAACAUAAUAACAAAUAUCAUCCGAGCAUCAUCAUUCUGUGAGUGAACCCCACGAGGACUCUUGGAGGUAGAGCUGUCUCAGGUCAGCGAUGGGAUCCUCUCUGCUCCACAACCUGGACUUCCUUCUCAUCUCACUUCUCAGCACUUUAUGCCUGGCUUACGCAGAUGAUGUGCUGACGAGAGACGAGCAGAUAGGCCUUUUGUUCAGAGCCAAACAGAAGUGUGAGGAGAACAACAAGUCAACGCAGAAGGUUCCUGAAAGUUACUGCUCACCAGAAUGGGACGGCAUUGUUUGUUGGCCUGGAGGGCCUCCGGGAAAGCUUGUAUCAACCACCUGUCCGGAGUAUAUCCAUGACUUCAACCAUAAAGGACUGGCAUACCGUCGGUGUGACAACAACGGAACGUGGGAACUGGCCACAGCCAACAAGACGUGGGCCAAUUAUAACGAAUGUUCAAAAUUCCUCCUCCAUUACAACCCUAGCCAUGAAAGGGAGGUCUUUCACCGUCUGUAUCUCAUCUACACAGUCGGGUACUCCAUCUCUCUGGGAUCACUCAUGGUUGCUGUCGUCAUCUUGGGAUAUUUUCGACGAUUGCACUGCACCAGGAACUACAUCCACAUGCACUUAUUUGUGUCCUACAUGCUAAGAGCUAUCAGUAUUUUUGUGAAAGAUGUUGUGCUCUACUCUGGAUCAGCCGUAGAGAACAUGGAAAGAGUCACCGUGGAAGACCUCAAGUCCAUCACUGAGGCUCCGCCAGCCAACAAAACACAGUUUAUCAGCUGCAAGGUGGUUGUGACCUUGUUCUUGUACUUUCUGGCGACCAAUUACUACUGGAUCCUUGUGGAAGGUCUUUACCUCCACAGCCUCAUCUUUAUGACCUUCUUCUCAGACAGAAAAUAUCUAUGGGGAUUUACUCUGAUUGGAUGGGGAGUACCAGCUAUGGUUGUGACAGUUUGGGCAACUAUGAGAGCCACGUUUGCAGACACAGAGUGUUGGGACUUAAGUGCAGGCAAUUUGAAAUGGAUAUACCAAGUGCCAAUCCUGGCAGCUAUAGUGGUCAAUUUUAUGUUAUUUCUGAACAUCAUCAGAGUCUUGGCAACUAAACUACGAGAAACAAAUGCUGGCAGGUGUGACACCAGGCAACAGUACAGAAAACUGUUGAAGUCCACGAUGGUGUUGAUGCCUCUCUUCGGUGUCCACUACAUCAUAUUCCAUGCCAUGCCGUAUACAGAGGUGUCUGGAGUUCCCUGGCUGAUCCAGAUGCACUAUGAGAUGCUGUUCAACUCCUUCCAAGGAUUCCUAGUUGCAAUUAUAUACUGCUUUUGCAAUGGGGAGGUGCAAGCUGAGAUCAAAAAGUCGUGGAGCAGGAGGACUUUGGCCCUGGACUUCAAAAGGAAAGCUCGGAGCGGCAGCAACACUUACAGCUAUGGUCCGAUGGUGUCACACACCAGUGUUACCAACGUCACUGCCAGAGGACCGCUGGCCCUUCACCUCACCACCAGGCUGGGGCCGGUGCCUGUUAACGGGCACAGGAACCUGCCUGGGUACGUGAAGAACGGCUCUGUCUCUGAGAACUCUUUACCCUCGUCAGGACAGGAGCUUCACAUUCCUGAUGAGGAGCAUUCGGCUCAUACUCGGCCCUGCGAGAACGAGAAACCCUCACCUGUGGUGGAGGAGGAGAGGGAGACAGUCAUGUGACCUCCAGGCCACUUUUGGUAGGGAUGAAAACUGGAAGAAAAUAAAUGAAAUCAGUCUCAGGGGGUCUGAAGGGGACGACGGCGUGCAUCAACACUGACAGUUUUUUCUGCUUUGAAUCAAGCCAGGACGUUCCCGACAGAUGAGGUUCGAGGCAUAAGGGUGUAUCACUUUUAUGUGCUGGGCCACCUUCAUUUGAGAGAUGAUGGACUCUGUCGCCAACCACCUGCCACAUUGAAUGUGUAGAAGGAUGAAAACAGACUAUUGUUUCAUUUUUUUGUGCAUACAUCAAACUGGGGUUAAAUACAGUGCAGUACUUGCCAGGAAAAGCCUUAACCACCGGUGUAAAACCAGGUGGAUUUUGAGUGUACUUAGUGACACAUGCAUGCAUGAUUACAUCAGUGUGAUCAGACUAAGUAGGUGUAGGGUGAGCUAAAAAAUGUUAAUGCUACUAUUUUUUGAGGCAUCUUUUCUCGCUUUCUGGCAUGGUAUCUCAUUAGUUGUGCGUAGACAUGAAUCCACUUCAGUGUAAAAGGGAAGGUACUCAGGUAAUUGAAGCCCUCUUUUGUUGCUCAGCUAUUUGUAUACUUUUAAAGUGGUGUAUUGUCAUGGUCAGCAUUUCUCCAGGGGUGUGUUAUCUAAAGCUGUAAAAUAUAUAUUUAACAUGUUGUAUGAUUUCAGAUGUUUAGAAAAACCCAGUAUUCACCUCUCUAAGUACAACAGAUUUUGACGAGUUCAAAUGAAUGUUUCAUAUUCAAAGUUUCUACAAGGUCACACAAACGCACAACAUAAUGCUACACACAGUGAGAAUAUCUCUUUGAAGACGGUCUCUUUCCUUAGCCUCAGAUACAGAGUUAGUUGAGGUAAAAACUUAAUUAAAAGGUAUCAUAUGUUCCCACACAGUUUUCAAAAGACAGGACCCCCUUUAAAAACACAGGGUGCAGGAAGCAGUCCUAUUUCAGAGGAAUGUUAAUUAAAUGAGGAUUCCAAGAAAAUCUCAAAUUCCACAAGAAUUCCAAGAGUGACAUUUUUGGUGGAAAUGAAGGAAAACUCAGAAAUGAAUAACACACAGUUAUUUGUACAGAUGGUCCAGUGGUAUGCUGCUUUUUGAUGUGUACAGUAUAUACAAGUCACAAUGUUUACAAAGAUCAGAAAUGCAUUCUAAUUGUGAGCUAAUAGUGUUCAUGUGUUUUGUUAUAAAGCUAUAUGUUUUAAUGUUUUUUUUAUCAUGUUUGUUUACGGAAUGUUUGCAAUAUUAGAUAAUGUAUAUAUUUCUAAACAAAACUGCCGAAUAUAUUUACAGGUGACGAAUGGCAUUCAAACAAAGUAAGCAUUCUGCAAGACAUUUUAAACUCCAUAAUUUGUAAUUUAUCGCACUUAAUCUGCAUGAAAUGCUGGUUAAGAAAACAUUAUCUGUUAAACCAAAGAGAACAUGUAUUUUAAAGUGUUUCUUUGUUUUUCAUUAUCCAUCUUGUUUACACUGACCAAAACGUCUUAAAACCACCCUCUGUCAUAAAAAGGAUUUGCUACUGGUAGGUAGAUAGAAAUACAGAAAUAUAGCCCCCACAAAGAUUGAGUUUUCGUUCCAAAUAUUCUAAUGUAAAUAGCAUUAAGACAAAUGAGAAAACAAUUCGAAACACUCCGUUGACAACACAAUCAUUAAUAUUUAAGGCAGUUGUGUUGCUCUACUUGGAAUUGCGUCAUAUAUCACUGUUUGGUUAUCUGUCUGAUGGAGUUGUGAGAGUUUUACCUCACAUCACUUACUUUAUGUGACCAAAGCUAAUAUUCUACGCAGUAUUUUUUCUCGCAUUUCUUUAAAUCCUACAGUCAUGAACUUCAAGCUCUCUUGUUCUCCUGCUUCUUUGUUGUUUUGAUGACUUCACACUGACUGAAUCGUGUUCUCAGCUGUGUUCCACCUGAUGCUAGAUCCAUUAAGAGGUUUGCUUUGAGGCUGGUUUAAAAUGUUAAAGCAUGGCCAGCUCUUACUGCCUAUACAGAGUUACAAUGCAUCCAAAAAAUAAAUACAAAUUAAAGUAAUUUGUAUUUAAUAAAUGAAUCGGAUAUCUUUACAAACUUUUCCCACCCCCCUUUAAAAAAAAAAAAAACUUUUAAAAGGCUGGUUAUCACCUUUGUUUCCUUAUUUCAAAAAAUCCCAUAAAGAUACCAGAACAAAAAGAGAACUGAUACACAGAAAGUCUAAAAUAACUAUUCCUCUGCGUCAUACAUGUCUAUUAUUGCCCACCAAAUGAGUAACAAUCAGCAGCUGAA